AUGAGUGUCAUUAAAAAGCCAACUUUUAAUUCAGAUCAAAUUUCUGUUAUCUUUGUUCUGGGUGGUCCAGGUGCUGGUAAAGGAACCCAGUGUACCAAAUUAGUUGACAAUUACCAAUUUGUUCAUCUAUCUGCUGGUGAUUUAUUACGUGCUGAGCAAGCUCGUGAUGGUUCAGAAGUUGGUGCUUUGAUCAAACACUAUAUUAUGGAAGGCUUAAUUGUCCCUCAAGAGAUCACUAUUGGUUUGUUAAAGAGUGCUAUUGCUGAAAAUUUUGAAAAAUAUAAUAAAACUAAGUUUCUAAUAGAUGGCUUCCCAAGAAAAAUGGAUCAGGCCAUUACUUUCGAAGAAGAGAUUGUUCCAAGUAAAUUUACCUUAUUUUUUGAUUGUUCUGAAGAAGUCAUGUUAAAGAGGUUAUUAGAGCGUGGUAAAACAAGUGGUAGAUCUGAUGAUAAUAUCGAUUCCAUCAAGAAAAGAUUUAAAACUUUUGAAGAAACCAGUAUGCCAGUUGUGGAAUAUUUUGAAUCUCAAAAUAAAGUAGUAAAAGUUAAUUGUGAGAAAUCUGUUGACGAAGUAUACGCAGAUGUUAAAAAGGCUAUUGCCGAAAGAAUUCAAAAUAAAUGA